AUGAGGUUGCGCACUCUCAACACCGCCAGAAAAAUCCCAAGCGAAGGGAACUCUGGGGGCGGCUGCAGGACAACAAAUGAAAGCGUCCUUUAUUACCGGCGGGUUCGUCUUGGACACCUUUCUCCCUCGUCGCAAGAAGUGAAGUGCACUGUUGAAUCAGGCCUUCGGACAUGGAUGUUGAAGGUCCAUAUUCGGUUAGUAUCAGAAUCCAUGACCAGUGGUGGUCAACUGGCUUGGCCAAACAGCUAUCGUGAGCGGACGACAUCCACCAGGUGA